AUGGCGAUUUGGGAGUGGGUGCAAAAAGGAGGCUGUGUGACAGACAACCUGAAACUGGCAAAUGAGCCUCCUUUACCCUACUCUGUGGACACAAAAAUUAACUGUAUCUGCACCUCGAAAAAGCGCGAGAGGAAUGGCUCCCUGCCUCCCGGGGACGCGGCGGCCUCGGUGCCCCUCGGGGGACGCGCGGGCCCAGGCAGCGGUGGGGAGAUCCAGCCGCUGCCCGCCCCGCAUCCCUCCGGCGGAGGCCCGCACCCGAGCUGCUGCUCGGCGGCGGCGGCCCCAAGCCUCUUGUUGCUGGACUACGACGGGUCGGUACUGCCCUUUCUCGGGGGCCUUGGCGGGGGCUACCAGAAGACCCUCGUGUUGCUCACCUGGAUCCCAGCGUUAUUCAUCGGUUUCAGCCAAUUCUCGGACUCCUUUCUCUUGGACCAGCCGAACUUCUGGUGUCGCGAGGCCGGCAAAGGCGCUGAGCUGGCUGGGGUCACUGCCACCAGUCGGUGGGGAGCUAGCGACGUGGCCAACUGGACCAGCCCCCCGACCACCCCCUUCUCCACUGCCGCCUGGGGGACCGUGGGCAACCUUAGCAACAGCAGCGGCGCGGAGAGGGGCGACACGCCAACCCUCUCGCCCCCUCCGGACAAGGGGGACAACACUUCCAACUGCGACUGCCACGCGUGGGACUAUGGCAUCCGCACAGGCCUCCUCCAAAACGUGGUCAGCAAGUGGGAUCUUGUGUGUGAUAAUGCCUGGAAGGUCCAUAUCGCUAAAUUCUCCUUACUGGUUGGAUUAAUCUUUGGCUACCUAAUAACUGGAUGCAUUGCUGACUGGGUCGGCCGGCGGCCUGUGCUGCUGUGUUCCAUCAUCUUCAUUCUGAUCUUUGGACUGACCGUGGCACUGUCAGUGAAUGUGACAAUGUUCAGCACACUCAGGUUCUUUGAAGGAUUUUGCCUGGCUGGAGUAAUUCUCACCUUGUAUGCAUUACGAAUAGAGCUGUGCCCCCCCGGAAAACGGUUCAUGAUCACGAUGGUGGCGAGCUUCGUGGCCAUAGCAGGGCAGUUCCUCAUGCCCGGGCUGGCCGCCCUGUGCCGGGACUGGCAGGUCUUGCAGGCCCUCAUCAUCUGCCCCUUCCUGCUCAUGCUGCUCUAUUGGUCGGUAUUCCCUGAGUCCCUCCGGUGGCUGAUGGCUACCCAGCAGUUUGAGUCUGCAAAGAAGCUAAUCCUGCACUUCACACAGAAGAACUGUAUGAACCCCCAGAGUGACAUCAAAGGCGUGAUGCCCGAGCUGGAGAAGGAGCUUUCCCGGAGGCCCAAGAAGGUCUGUAUCGUGAAAGUGGUGGGAACGCGGAACCUGUGGAAGAACAUCGUGGUCUUGUGUGUGAACUCGUUGACAGGGUACGGAAUCCACCACUGCUUCGCAAGGAGCAUGAUGGGCCACGAGGUUAAGGUGCCACCCCUCGAGAACUUCUACGCUGACUAUUACACCAUGGCCAGCAUCGCCCUGGCAUCCUGCCUGGCCAUGUGCGUGGUGGUCAGGUUCCUGGGGCGCAGGGGAGGGCUGCUGUUCUUCAUGAUCCUCACUGCCCUGGCCUCGCUCCUGCAGCUCGGGCUCCUCAACCUGAUUGGAAAAUACAGCCAGCAUCCAGACUCAGGUAUGAGUGACAGUGUCAAGGACAAAUUCUCCAUCACGUUUUCCAUCGUGGGCAUGUUUGCCUCCCAUGCAGUAGGAAGCCUCAGUGUAUUCUUCUGUGCAGAGAUCACACCCACGGUAAUAAGGUGCGGCGGGCUGGGACUGGUGCUGGCCAGCGCGGGCUUCGGCAUGCUGACAGCACCCAUCAUCGAGCUGCACAACCAGAAAGGCUACUUCCUGCACCAUAUCAUCUUCGCCUGCUGCACGCUCAUCUGCAUCAUCUGCAUCCUCCUACUGCCUGAGAGCCGGAACCAGAACCUGCCCGAGAACAUCUCCAAUGGGGAGCACUACACGCGGCAGCCGCUCCUGCCGCACAAGAAGGGGGAGCAGCCCCUCCUGCUCACCAACGCCGAGCUCAAGGACUACUCGGGCCUCCACGAAGCAGCGGCUACCUCCGCUGCAGGGGACGGGCUGCCUGACAACGCCACGGCCAAUGGCAUGAAGUCCUGUAGCUCUGGGCAUGGCCUGCCCUGAAGGGGGCACCGUGGGCUCCCAGGUUCAGCGGCUGUUUGGGCACAGGUUUACAGACAGGGACCUGCAAGUGGCUGGGGCAGGAAAACCCAACUCUCAUGCCACCGAAUCGUGAGACUUUCAGCUGGUAUGGGGAAAUUCUGUCUUUCCAAAAACUCUUAAGGAUCAAGUGUUCGAGGAAGCAAACUCUUUGGAAAUAACCCUUCAAAACCUUCCUUUCUGCCAUUAAAUGUUUCUAUUUAUUUUGGUGAUUUUUACGAGAAGCACUUUAUUCCCUUUCCUCUCACUAAUCUUGAAUUGGAACCACCUCCUGCGGAAGAGGGACCCAGUCGCCCGAGGAAGAUGCUGUAAGUAACCAGCGCAGCAGCCAGUCUCCUCCCUGCAGGUCAGCCACCGUUCUCGCCCGCAGCCCCUCAGAGCAGCCAGAUGUCACCUCUGCCGGCCUGAGCUGCCCCAAGGCUGCCUACCUAUGUACAAAGAGAGGCCCAACAGAUCAUAGAGCAGUUCCAUGACUGCAGUUUAGACAGAGUGAAAUGAAAUGUAAAUGAUAGGUUUUUGCUAGAGAGUCUGUAUAUGGUUUGUAAAGGUUUUUUUUUCUAUUUGUAAGGUCAGAGCUUCUGUUCCAUGUGUUGGGGGAAAGCAGCUCACAAAUAUCAUUAAAACCAACUUAGUCUUUCCUAUGAGAUAAUCCUUUUCUACUUGAUGCUGGAAGCUUUUUGGGGAAAAGCUUAAAACAUUUCACCACAAAUCUUAAAUAAUUAGUAGUAAUGUCACCACAGUUUUCUGACACCAGUUUGCCUAGUUAAGAUCACAACUAGCAAAUGUGUUGAAGUCUGAGACAUGUUAGCAUUAUUAAUACUCCUUCCUAAAUUUAGCUCCAGCAGAAAAGUUCCCUCUUCCACAGUCAGCUUUUUGCCAGCACUACUUGAAAACCAUGGCUACUUUCUGGACUAAAACCAAUAGGAAAAGAACUGAAAUAGACUAAGGCAAACCCACAGGAGGGAGGGGUGCUCUCCCGAAUAUGGCCCGUCACCCACAUCUUGAGCACACACCACGUAGAAAUCACCAGCUUGGAUGACUGUCAGCUCUCACUGACUUCACACUGAGAGACUGCAAAGCCUGUGGGAGACAGUCCCCCUCAUGCCUGCCUUUGCCUGCUUCCUGCUUCCUGUCACUUCCGUCAGCAAAGAGGUGGGGCUUAAGGCAAGAAAUGGGAUUCUCACAGGUUAGUUCAGCUAACCUCUAGCCUCUUAAAAGCAUCAAGACCAAUUGAGAGAAAGCAAUGAAAACCCCAAUAUCCAAGGGUUUUCAUUGUGUUCUUCAUUUUGUUCCAGACAGUGAAGCCUUCCUCUUGCCUUUCCACGUCAGGUUUUCUCCACCUGUCUGAGGAAUGUUUCAAAGGAAACUUAGCCUCCUGAAAGACACUCAGGGGGCCACUAAGAAACAAGCUUCAUUGGCACAGGUAGGCACCACCUUGAAGCAACAUAGGUACCUGAUAUUUUGAACAACCUGGGUUCUUUCUAGAAUUGUUCACCUCUCCACUUUGUGACAUGUGUCUUUGCGAUGGCUGUGUUCUUCCAGAGAAAUCGUAGCCUCAGGUCUGUGUGAAGCGAUUAGGUGACCUCUGAUUGACAGUAGAACUCAAAGGGCCUAAAAAGAGGUUGAUUAAACUUCCCUUUCUCCCCGUCCAGCUUUUCACCUGGUCUUACUGUCUCCACCCACCACUCUCCUCCAAAUCUGGUAGACAUCAAUAGGAGCCUACUGACUUGAUAAAAAACAUUCUGAGGUGAACAAACUUGCAGGCAUGUGUGAGUCCAGUGAGUAAACCAUACUUUGUCUCAUCAACGAGACCUGGCGUCUCCAGCCUUGUCCAAGGGCCAGCUUCCUAGAAAGGAAGGCCAUCUGGCCAGUCUCCUCAGCUCCACCUGCUCCAAGCCCAGUUCAUCUUUGCCUUCCCUCAUCUUUUUAAGUCACUUUGGUUCCAUAUUUUGAUGUUAAUCAACAUUAACCUUACUUUAAAAAGGCCUUUACAAAUGUGCAGCCUUCGCGUGCCAAAUACCUUUUGCCUUUUUUAGAGUACUUGGUACAAAGCCACCUGGCAGCAAGACCCAUUAAAUCCAGGACAUGACAUAUGCAGCAGCCAAGUCACUGGGCAGUUGAGGAAGGUGGGAAGGAGCCAGAGAGGUCCCGGGCCCGCACCUCGCCAGGUGUAUGUCUGUAUCCAUCAUCCAUCAAGCACUAGGACACCUUGCAGUCCCUUUACUGUACUGCAGAAGGACUUGUGAGUAUUCUCUCACUGGUCGCAGAGAUCUUUAAGAAACGGAUUGAGCUGUAGAGUGCUGCUCGUAAUCUCUGGGGAAGUGAAGGCAAGGCACAGCACUUACAAACUCCUGUUCCAGGGUCUCUGAUCUCCAUUUUAAAUGACAAAAACACUGGUCCAAUGGAGGCAGUCAGCACUGUCAACUUCAGCAAUAGGACUAACUCAUGGAUGACUAGAAAAGAAGCUAACUAUGAGGACUGGGCUCUCGGGUCCAAGGUCUAGCAGAUGCACAUGAGGCUGACUUGCCAACAAUCGGUAGGUGAUCUCUCUUGGCAAAGAGGUCCCUCAGCUCCUCUCUCCCAGCAGCCUCAGGAUUAGGCUGAGCUCCUCUUCUGUUGCUGGUUCAGCUUAAGGAUAUAUGAAGCUCUUGAGGAACACCUUUAUGAAAUGUAGCCAAAGCAGAAAAGCUUCCCUGUGGGCUGAGCCCCAUAAAAUCCCACAACAAAUCGGCAAGGCAGCCAGGGCCCACCUGAGCCUGAUACACGUUACGUCCUGCCUUGCUCUGUGUGGGAGGGAGCUGCGGCCACCAGCUCCCUAGCACCCGUUGAUCGUGCUUGGACUCCUCAGUCCUGUUUCCUUCGUGGUCAGUAAGGAAACACUUCUCAGGCACCUGCGAUUUUCAAGUCCACCCUCCCUACCACCUCCACUCCCACUGCCCGGAGAAACAUCCCGAGGUAUGUGCUGCAGCUACUCCCCUGCACCAGCUACUCCUGCAUCCUGCUAUCCUAUCAGGGAGCUGUGAUCCCCUUUCAAAAGUUAUACACAAAUGUGAACACCUGAGACAGGGCUGAAUAGCUAGCUCUUCAUUUUGUUCUUUUCCAGAAGUCAGUAAUAACUCUUAUCAAAUACCCUAAAUACUAGUACCCAGGACAUAUAGGAAAAAGUUUUAAAUGUUUUGUUUUCUAAAAGAGUAUAACCACAACUAGAGGAAGGGGCUGGUAAGUUGUUCUGGUCACAGAACAGAAAACAAAAAUAAACCUCGUAAAGGAAGUGUUGCACUCAAACAUUACCACUUCCUAGAGCCAAACAAGAAAUGACUGAAGUGCCAUUAAAUGAAUUGUGUGACCAUGGCAUCACCCAGCCUCUAGGUGGCGCACGGGCACACGCACGUGCAGGGGAAGGCCCACACUUCAACCCUUUCUUUUAAAGGACACCUCACUUUAAUGUAUUGGGUUUUGGAAAAGCAGCACAGUGUGUUAUGUCUAGUGGGAAUAGUUCCCUCCUUCUUGUCCUUUCUGCAACCCCAACAUUUGAGGUUUCUAGUAAGAACCGUGUUACUGUACAUGUCAACCGGGAUCACUCUGGAGGUGCUCAUUCAUAGCACAAGCCUAAAUAGAUUCUGAACUGUCGUUCAAAGCUAAAUGUCUGCAUGAUGUCACAUCUGUUGUACCUUUGGGGAAAAUUUGUAUGUAAAUGUACAGAAAUAAAAAUGUUGCCCCAUUAACAGAUUUCCUCUAGAAUGUCUUCCCUACCUCAUCUGAUAGUAUCCAAUGGAGGGCAUUUCAUGACCAUUGACUACAAGUAAUAAAAACUUUAUUCAGAUCUU